AUGGACAUGCUGAAGCAGCUGUCACCGGAGGUACUCUACAACCAUCCAUCCAGAGUGAAAGCAGAAGAAUGUGAAUGGUGUGCAGUGGUUCAUCAAGAAGCCGCCAAGGCACAAUAUAACUCACACACAAAAGCUUCCACCCCUGAAGUUGGAUUCACAUGUCCGAGUGAAGACCCUGUUAUGAAAUAUCUCCACAAUAACCAGCUUGUAACCUCAAGCUCGGAGAACAGGAAAUUGAUCCGCGCUACAUGGACCCUCAUGUUGGAAGAAACAGCGGGAUGUGGUUUUACUCGGAAGCUUAAGCAGGUCCAGGAGUUCAAAUACCUUGGAGUGACCCUAGAUGCCGGGGAGGGUCGCAAGUGGCUAUAUGAGCUAGAGUGGCAGCAACAUGGAACAAGUGGAGAGCUGUUAGGUGCUAUCAGUGACAGGAUGAUGCCUAGGACUCUCAAGGUGAAGCUAUACAGCACUAUAAUACGACCUCUGCUUCUAUAUGGGGCAGAAGUAUGGACAAUGGGAAAGAAGGAGAGGAUACUGGAUGUGACAGAAAUGAGGAUUGUUGGUGAAGAUAAAUGUGAAUUUAAUUUGAAGGCAAUAAUUGAGUAA